CUUCAAUAACAAAACACUCGCCGCUCGCUACAAGCGUGGCUCACCUCUAAGGUCAGCCAGCUUUGACCUGUUUUCCUCAGGAUUAUCCCGAAAUUUCAUCUGACAACGUAACACAUAAGGCACCAUGGAGGAAGAGGAGCACUUUGUGAACAUAGAUCUGAAUGAUGACAACAUCUGCAGCAUCUGUAAGCUAGAGACGGAUACUGAAAUGCUGUCUUUCUGCCAUGUGUGCUUUGAACUGAGCAUAGAUGGUGUAUCCAGUGUCACUCUGCUGCACUCUAAAUCUUUACGUGGGCAUAGGGACUGCUUCGAAAAGUACCAUCUCAUUGCCAACCAGAAGCUGUCCCGUGCCAAGGCCUCCCACAGUGCAUACGAGGGCGUGAAACGGACACUGAGCCAGCGAAUCAACCGCAUUAUACAGUAUGCCCAGAACAGAGACUCCAUAUCCACAGAGACACCCGGGCGCUGGGGGGCCAAACAGAUUAUGUGCCACACACAGCAGGGUGGAAGGAAACUCGUGCCGCAGUUGGACACCCAAGUGCCCCGCUACUCCCCACGUUGGGCAGAGGAGACAUCAAUGGCCGAGUCCGAAUUUGGUAAAUCCAUGAUGGACUGUCACUCCGCUGAGGAGCUUGGUCUCGGCCUGCUGCAGAGAUCACAUCAGGGAUUGUGGGCCGGAGAGAGACACCACCCACGAGAACAGCAGAACCAAGAUCAGAGAGACAAAGCCAGACAAAGGAGACACACUGGACAAAGUCGAGAAGAGUUGGUGAGGAUGAGUGUGGAGGAGCUUCGUCAGAUGAAUGAGCACCUGUUGUUACAGAUACAAAAUGUGUUUGAGGAGCUCUCUGUGGCUGUACAGGAGAAGGACUCUCUUUCAUCCGAGCUGCAUGUGCGACACAUAGCCAUCGAGCAGCUCUUCAAAAACUGUGCCAAACUGCCGUGGCUUCAGAUCGGGAGAGCAGGGAUCAAAGCUGCCAACAACCCAGUUGAAUGAAAGCUUUUGAGGACACCAACGUCUCCCAAUACAAAGACCACUGCUUCACGUAGACUAAUGUGGAAGCUUACUCUGGACCUAAGAAAGCUCAAAGCUUAAACAAGAAACGCACGCAUUUGCUUUCCACUCCUAGUGUGCUUAUGAGAAUUUGAGGUCCCUGUGCUCUUCAAGGCAACUUCUGAAAUUUUCAGCCGUUCUUGAAGUAGAAUUUUAAGAAUUGGACAUUGAGAGUUUGAAAGGGAAACAGUGUUUUGCACGCCUGUCUAAAGUGUUCCUAUGCAGAUUGAGGUGUUUGUGAAACUCAACAUUUCACAAAGUUUCACUAACAUGGAACUUUAUCAGUUUUUUAUGUGUUGUGGUUAGAUCUUAUGUGUAAUUUUUCUUUUUUCCCCAUCACUGUUUACUCUACACACUAGAUCAUUUUUGGGUGGUUAAUAGACUUGGAUCAGUUCCUCUUGCACAUUUGUGCUUGCUGAUUGGUUGUGGUGUUGCUGUGGUAACUGUUGCUUAGUUAAGAGUUUUUUCCCUCCCUCUGCUCAUUGCAGUGGAACUUGUUAAUGAGUGUGGAGCAGAUUGGGUUGUUCCAUUACUCCAAAGCAUAUUUUAGUGUUACGGUAAGGUACAGCACAAUUUGUUUGUGAAAGAGAUUACAUUUCAUUUGUCACUGCAAUAUUAAAGCUAAACAAGUUGUGCUAGUGUUUAGCUCUUUCUCAAAUUUGUUAUGUCAGCAUUUUAAGGUUUAGGAGGAUUAGGAAGGAAAAAUGCAUUUGGAUAUGUAAGCUUCCAUUGGUAUGGAUAGUUGAUCUUUCAUAAUUAAGCACAGCUUUGUAAGGCCUGACUUUGGCUGGGGCUUGACAUGGUGCUGGUAUUAAAACUGGAGUGAUAUCUUUAACCAUCUGAACAAGAGCUUAACCAAAGGCUUUGUUACCUCAUGGUAACAAUUUCAGUAUUUAUUUUGUUCGUACAAUGGCUUGCCUGUUACAAAUAUUUGAGACCAAAUUUGUUUAUUGAUUCUCUGUGGAAUAAAUUUAGUCCCUUUUGAACAUUUUUAUCAGUGUCUCCACCCCCAAAUAUGCUUAUUUUAUUUUUUUUGAGUGGUUUUCUUUUUUCUCUUUAUUAAUAUGUUAUUAUAGAAAUUUUAUUUUUUAUUUUUUAUUUUUUUGCUGUGUUUUGGGGUCUGCACAAAAACUGACAGUAGAGGUGGGGCAAUGUGUGCUUUGACCAGCUACCUUGAUUUUUGGAUCAGACUGUGCUGCCAUCUGGUGGGUGUUUAGAGAAUCAGACCUUCCUGUUUACUUUCUGCAUUGAUGUAUGCAUGGUUUAAUUGUGCCUAUUAUCUCUAGAAUUUAAAAAAAAGAAGUAAAUAAUAACAAUUGAAAAUUUGAAAUCAGCUAGGUAUAUUUGAAUUAUCAGUUCUCUUUGUAAGAGAUGCAAAUUCGACUGACCCCUCUGGGGUUUCUGUUAAAGAGGUCCCCCCCUCCCCAAUAUUUUAUUUUAUAUGAGUGGGUUAAUACAUUAAGUAAUGUAUUCUGGAUAUGCAUUUGUCAGUAAUAAUAGAUGAACGAAAAAAAAAAAAAGCAAUAUGAAGUGUUGUUUACUUUCAUUGUGUACUCUUAACUAGACACACAGGACUUUGGAGUUACAGAAAUAAUCAAGCACUCUGCCCAAAUUAGGUUAUUUUCUUGCUGCAGAGAAUGUGAUUUGAACUACACAAGUUGGAAGAGUUUCAUGCAUUACUGUCUCGAGUGUGUUGCAAAUGUUAUCCAUGCGUUUAAAUGUUAACUUGUUUAUUUUGCUGUAAAUUAUGUGUUAUCUUUUUUAUGUUUAUGCAUUGCUUGUGGUAUUAUUUGUCCUUUUUUUUAAGAUUCAACUUUUUCUAGUGGCCUGUAUUAUGUUACAUUGAGAUGUUUAUGCAAUACCAUUUUUAGUGGAGCUUUCCAUCAGUGUAGAAGAUUUCUGGAUGCUUUCUGUUUUUGGAGUGAUGUGCACAUUUUCUUUAAGGGAAUGAAUUAAUAAAAAU